AUAGUUUGUUUUGAUUGGUUCAAGAAAGGUUUCAAGAAAAAUCGGGAGAUUUUGAAAUCUAUUUAAACAAAAUCGAUAAGAUAUGAUUCUUUAUCUUCAUAAUUAAUAUUUUACAAUCGCAAUCGAUUGUAAAAUAAUCUGCAUGUGCUUAAAACAAUGGUAACUUGUAUUCGCAAUUACAGAUCUAGUCAAAAAUUUAAAUUCACGCAGAUUACGUGUUCGACCUUUGAUUGUAAUUUGUUUGAUUUCGUUAAGUUGGAGAAUCCGGCUUUUUUACUAUUCAUUUAGUUGUUGAAUUAAUUAGGAAGUGUACGACGCUGUUGAGUUCUUCUCCUUUAACAAUGAGUGAUAAUAAAAAUAUUUUACAAGGGCGCCCUGUUGAAAGGGUUUUGGAUGUAUCACUUGGAGAACUGUUGUUGAUGGUGAUGAGAAUACACGAGGAUAAUGUUAUAUUGGUUGACGCAGUUUCUGAUGAAGAACUAAGAGCGAGGCAGUUACUAGCCCGAGGCAUACAUUUAGCAAAAUGGUUCCAGUCCCUAAAUAUAUCUAUUGGAGACAGUGUCUCGAUAACGUGUGAAAAUAGACUUGAAUUUGGUAUAGUUCCUAUCGGAGCGUUCUUAUUAGGAGUCACUUUGGCACCCCUUAACCCCGAUUAUACCGUUGCUGAAUUGAAACAUUGUUUAGGACUCUCAAAACCGAAAAUAGUUUUUUGCUCAGACAAAACCAUAGAUAAAGUCAUUUCUAUUUUGCCCGAACAUGAAUACAUACAAAAAUUGGUUUUGUUCGGUGGAAGAAGGCAUUCACAUCCUUCAGUGGUCAGUUUUAAUGAUAUUGUUGCAGGUGUAAAUGAUAUUGAUGAAACGUUCAAAGCCGUGCCUAUUGAUACAAAAGAGACUGUCGCUACUAUUUUGUGUUCUUCAGGCACGACGGGGCUUCCAAAAGGUGUCAUGUGCACCCACGAUAACAUGACAACAUACAUAGAUGUCGGUAGAAUGAUUAUGGCACAUCUUGUCGAAAAUGACGAUCCUAGCGACGCUAUCAUUGGUUUAACGCCAUUUUUUCACUCUUUCGGCUUCAUGUUGAUGUUUUUGAAUAUUAUAAGAGGCAAGAAGAUGGCUGUUAUUGGGAAAUUCAAGCUGAAAGUCUUUUUAGAUACUAUAGUAAAGUACAAGGUCAGAAGAGUUAUUGUGCCUCCUCCAGUAUUAUUAAUUAUGUUGAAACAUCCUCUAACCAAUAAAUAUGAUUUGUCUUGCAUUAAAGAGAUUAGAUGUGGUGCAGCAGCUUUAGGGAAAGAAAUGGAAAAAGAACUAAAACAGAGAUUCAAAGUAAAAAGUGUUUCGCAAGCGUACGGUAUGACCGAAACAACUUUAGGGGUACUAACAACCGAAGAGGGUACAGAACCAGUCUUAGGUUCGGUUGGAAAGGUAGUUCCAGGCAUGAUGGCAAAGGUUAUAAAUGAGGAAGGGCAGGCUUUGGGCCCUUACCAAGAGGGAGAGUUGUGUUUUAAGGGGCCUUUGAUAAUGAAGGGGUACGUGGGAAACCCCGAGGCUACUGCAGAGACCAUAGACAAGGAUCACUGGUUGCAUACAGGCGACGUAGCUUAUUAUGACAAAGAGGGAAACUUUUUUAUAGUCGAUAGGAUUAAGGAACUGAUUAAGUACAAAGCAUUCCAGGUUGCCCCUGCAGAAUUAGAGGCCCUACUGCUAACACAUCCCGCCAUUCAGGAUUGUGCCGUUAUUGGUUUACCCGAUGACGAAGCAGGAGAACUACCUCUGGCCUACGUAGUGAAAAAACCAGGCCAACAGAUCACGGAGGAAGAAGUAAAAAAACACGUAGCGGAUACGUUGUCGCAUCAGAAACAUCUGCGCGGUGGGGUGAUCUUUACGGAGGAAAUACUCAGAAACCCUACCGGAAAGAUUCUGAGACGAAUAUUGAGAGAGAAAGCAAAAAAUCUAGUCAAAUUGAAGUCAAAGCUUUAAUAUAUUUUAGUUUUAAAUGUGUUUUUUUUUGUUAUAUUUUUGAUUGUUGUGUAAUGUAAUAUAAACAUCCAGUGGCCAAC